AUGGAAAGAUCCGUGUGGUUUUCAGUUUGUGCAACACUCUGUCUUAGCUUUUUACAACAAACGACAUUACAAGAUGUGCAUUCUAGAGCCAAACGUUUUUUAAUAUUUCCCCGACAAGCGCCCACGAGACACCAGUUUAUUGCUGGCAUUGGCAUCCCAGCCGAUCUUGAUUAUGAAUCACUAACAGUGGGCUACGUCUUAAAAGCAGAGUAUUAUCUACCCUACAACGCAACUGUUUAUAGGCAAAACCCACUUUUUCCUGAAUACCCAGUGAAUUCCACUGAGUACGAAAGACAAAGAAAGUUUCUUAAGACGCCUACGUAUCUGCGUUGGCAAAUAUACGACUUCAUCGAACAUAUGCUUAAUGGCUAUGGAUUGAAUGGGCAUGCCUGUCUCUUAGAAGCAAUCUGUGAGGUUAAUAGGAUUAAAUUUGCAAAGGACUUUAGCACUGCAGCAGAAAUGUUGCACAUACUUUUGAGCCCUUCCUCCACUUUAAACUCUGAAUCGGAGCGGGCUCGAGAUUUUAUACUGGCUGAAAAAGAAGGAUCGCGAAUGGGUUGUGCAAAAUAUGAUUGCAAUACAAAAAUAAUCAAUUGGUUUUCAUUUGUAAGCCAGUUGGACUUUUAA